UAUACAAGGGAGCUGUUUAUAAUAAGUUGAGACGUUUCAGAGGUACAUUACUCCCCCAAAAGAGAGGAUGCACAACUGGCAGGAGAACGAGAUCAAAGAACUUCUGACCAUCCGGGGGUCUGAGGCGAUCCGAAACCAGAUCACAGGCACAGUGAAGGACUCUGUAGUUUACAACAGGAUGACCAGACUGCUGGCGGAGAGGGGGGUGUACAGGUCCCACAUGCAGGUCAUCAGUAAAUUAAAGGCGCUGAGGAAGCAAUACCUCAAAUACCACCAGCUGAAGAUCCGCUGCGGGAGCGAUCGAGUCGACUGGCCGUUUUACGAGCAGUGCCACCAGGUCUUCUCCAUCGCCCCCUCUGCAAACCCGGUGAAGCGGCAGCGGAGUCCCACACCCCCGUCUGCAUCCACACCUCCAUCCCCGCCCCCUCCACCACAGCCCGCUAUGGGUGAUGAGCAUCAGGAGGUCGUAGUCAGUCUCUGGGACGAAGUGGAUGACGGAGAGAUCCAGAAACAGCUGGGUCCAGUGGAGGCGGAGGAGGACGAGGAGCAGUACAGCUCAUCAGAACAUUUACAGCCCAUCAUGUGCACCGUUCCAUCAAAGAAAAGGAAAACAACAGUGAUGGAGCAGGUCUCUACGUUGGUGUCGGCGACAGUCACCCAGCUCAAAGAGAUGGACGCCGCCAUGCAAGCUCAGGAGGACGCACGGCUGCAGAGGUUAAUGGACCACGAGAAGGAAAUGCAGAACAGUCUAAUGAGUCAGCUUGUAAACAUGCACGAAAGGAUCAGUCGAGAAAACCACGAGAGACACCUGGAGCUGGUGGACAGGAUACUCUCUAGGUUCCCUUCACCUUCAACACCUUCAGCACCUUCGGACCACUGACCGACUCUUUCUGUGUGAGUGACGGCAGCCUACGACAGGAUUAUUCAGGUUUAGGGAACACUUCUGUCUUUCUCCUCCUCCAGCUGACCAGUGCCUAAACCCACAUUUCUUUUAUUUUCACUGUAUUUCGUAACGAUGUAUGGAAAAAUAAUUAGCUGACAUCAUCUGUCUUUGCCUUUAACCUCAACACAGUUCAUGCUACAGCUCUUCAUGCUCUAUUUUGAUUAGCUGCUCAUACAAUUACUAAUACAAUCACUAACAGCGGAGCUGAGAAGACACAAAUGCAGAGGAACAAUAACAAAACACUAACUUAAAUGGAAUGCACGUUAAUAGUCUACUCUAUUACUAUCAUUGCAUUUUUUUUAAUAGCAGCAAUAUACAAAACAAAUCUAAAUUCAACAAUUAUAAAGCCCAAAUGAUUAAGUCACUUUAAUCGGAUAGCUAGACUAUGAAUUAGUGGAUGUAUAAUUGUGUAGAUAAUAUCAAAACGUACCAAAUAAGUUCAAGACAUGAAUAUUACAUAUUACACCUUUUCUGACUCAACUGACUCAAAUAUUGCUUUAAAAUCAUU